AUGGCGAACAUGCAGGUCGACUCACAGCAAUCCACAACCCUCCCUGGGCCAGCCCUCGACGACCUCUUCGCAGACGAGCAGCUCGCGUCCCUCCUCCCAAAGAUGGAGAACCCCACCGAGGAGUCCAUGGGCGACUUGUCGAACCCGAUGGUCAUGCGCACUUACUACUCCCGCCUCUUGCCUUGGAAACCUAUGUUCCUCUGGCUCAACCAGUCGCACGUCCCAACCCGCCAAUUCACCCACCGCGAAUUCGCCUUCACGCUCCAGAACGAGGCCUACCUCCGCUACCAGUCGUUCCACUCGCACGAAGAGCUCAGGAAGGAGGUCCUCCGUCUCAAUCCGAGCCGUUUCGAGAUCGGGCCAAUGUACUCGGGCAGGCCCAAGGACCGCAAGGCAUUGAUGAAGUCGGCCUUCCGCCCCUUGACGCGCGAGCUCGUCUUCGAUAUCGACAUGACUGACUACGACUCGAUCCGAACGUGCUGCAAGGACAAGAAGAUGUGCAAGCGGUGCUGGAAAUUCAUCACCGUCGCCGUCAAAGUCCUCGACGACCUCCUUCGCACCGACUUCGGUUUCACCCACAUCCUCUGGGUCUACUCCGGCCGUCGCGGAAUCCACGCCUGGAUCUCGGACUCGAGCGCGAUAAACUUGACAGACGAACAGCGGAGCGCGAUCGUGAGGUACAUCGAUGCGGUCAAGGGGUACACGAACAUGGAGAAGAGGUUGGUUUUGUCAAAGCCGCUGCAUCCGAGUAUCAACCGCGCCUUCCAGGAGAGCUUGAAGCAGGCUUUCGCGAGCGUCGUCCUGCAGGACCAGGACUGUUUCCGUACCGACCCGCAGCAGUGGGAGAACGUCGUCAAGAUGCUCCCGGACAAGGAAAACGCCGGCCACCUCCUCAAGCACUUCCCGCCUUCUUCCUCACCCGCCUCCUCCGUCGAACGCUGGACCGCCCUCGCCCCGAUCCCGUCUUCCUCAAAAGAACCGAAACACAAAGCCGAGAAGUACAAAGAAGCCGUGACGGAAAUCAUCGUCCAGUACACGUACCCGCGGAUCGAUACCGAAGUCUCGAGGAAGUUGAACCAUUUGCUCAAGGCGCCUUUCUGUAUUCACCCCGGCACCGGCAAAGUCUGUGUCCCCCUCCUCGCCUCCCAAAUCGACUCCUUCGACCCCGACACCGUCCCCACCGUUGGCCGGCUGCUGCUCGAACUGGAAGACCUCGCGCGGAGGGGCGACUCGAGUGCGGAUUGGGGCAAGACGAGUCUGAGGCCGUAUGUCGAGCUGUUUGAGAGGCAUGCGGAGGGGGUCGUGAGGGAUCGGGCGAGGGAGGUCAAGGCCGAGAAGGCCGUCUCGAUGGAGUUCUAG